CAGACCGUUUUCGACCACCAGCAGAGCUCUUCUAAUCAAGAAAAUUCUUUGAUCAUUUGUGGCUUUCCACAUAAAGCAUCUUAUGAGGAAAAUUCCAUGAAUUCGACCAGCUUUGGCAAUCAGUAACCUAAAGAGAAGUAUUCGCAAAGUUAGUCGUCAUUUUAUCUUCAGGGUACGUAAACGAAACCUUCUGCGGGCUUUCUUAUCUCGUGCCUUAAUUUCCGCUUUUAUUAGCACUGAUCCAUCCAAUAAGAAAUCGGUAUAAAAAAAAGAAGAAUAAGCAUACACUCUGUGAAUUGAAAAUGGAGUCAAAUACUACAACUACCACAGCAACGACAGGAACAGGGAAAUCUCUUAGGGCUUCUCGAGUCUCGGAAAUGGUUCUAGACGAGCAUUUGUACAAGGAGAAACGGAGAGUUCCUGCAGCCCCGUAUAUUCUGAACUGGGGAGCUUCGCCAACCAACAGCGGAAUAAUCGCAGCUGGUCCAGAUCCGUACCCGCAUCACGUUAGGGCAUCCAGAAGAAGCCGUCUGCAGCAAGAGCAGAAGAGCAACGCAGAGCAAAAGAAACUGGGCACAUUGAACGGCGUUUUUCUGCCCUGCGUCCAGAACAUAUUCGGAGUCAUCCUGUUCAUUCGUCUGGCGUGGAUUGUGGGUGUGGCAGGGUGGCUUCAAGCAGGCCUCAUAGUGCUGCUGUGUUCUGGUGCCACACUGCUCACUGCAGUUUCCUUGAGUGCUGUCACCACUAAUGGGGCUAUUCCAGCUGGGGGUCCUUACUAUAUUAUUUCCAGAGGAUUGGGUCCCCAGGUUGGUGGAGCUGUGGGAAUAUUGUUUUACCUGGGCACAACAAUUGCUGGCGCCAUGUACGUGUGCGGAGCAAUUGAAAUCCUUUUCGUUUACAUUGCUCCUGCGCAGAUGUCGCAGCUAAUCCCUGAUAAACUGACUGCUACUCGUGUCUACGGCACAAUUCUCUUAUUUCUGAUCACAUUAGUUGUGUUCGUCGGAAUGAAGCACGUUGUCCUAACUGCAAUCCCAAUUCAACUUUGCGUGGUGCUGUCAAUCAUUGCUGUUUAUGUGGGCUUAUUAGUGAAGGAACCCUCGGAAUUCAUGGAUGUUCGCAUGGUGGGAAAACGGCUGGUGUCCAGAAACAUGUUUGAUUCCGUCGGGAGAAGCAAGAACUCUUCCUCAAUGCUGGAUUCGUAUUUUUGCCACGCGGGUCCAGACCAGGCAUCACGAAUUUGCAACCCGUAUUACGCCAAAGAAGGCAUUUCCCAAGUCCCCGCUCUGUCGACCACCUGGCCCAACGGCUGGUACCAGAACUUACAUCCCAAGUGGACAGAGCAACCCGGGGACUACGUUGCGACCUGGACUCGGAGUCACGUGGACGUCGGCAACUUUGGGAACGACCCCGGGCACGUGUUUGUGCAAGCUGACAUGGCGACCGACUUUGUUGUGCUCGUCGGCAUCUUUUUCCCGUCAGUGACCGGCAUCAUGGCUGGUUGCAACCGGUCUGGGGACCUCAGAGACCCUUCCAAGUCGAUCCCUUUUGGCACCAUCACUGCAAUUCUGCUGACUUCGUCAGUGUACAUGUCUUGGGUUCUGCUGCUCGCCGGCAGAGUGAGCAGUGUUGUGCUGAACGACAAGUUCGGGCGAUCCCUGGGUUCCCAACUGCUCGUGGCUCUGUUGGCCUGGCCCAGUGUCUGGGUGGUGCUCAUUGGGGCCCUGUGCUCCACCAUUGGAGCAGGGUUGCAAAGCCUUGUCGGGGCGCCCAGACUCUUGGCUGCCAUUGCUCACGAUGAUGUGGUGCCCAAACUGGGACGAUUGGUGCGAAGUGGUUCCGCCCGCGGUCCUUUGCUGGUGACUUGGUUCGUUUGUCAGGUGACAGUGCUGAUUGGAAAUGUGGACGACAUCACACCACUGGUGUCUGCGUGUUUUCUCAUGUGCUACCUGUCAGUGAAUGCGUCUUGCGCACUCCAGUCCCUGUUGCGGGUACCGAGCUGGAGGCCGCGAUUCCGCAUGUACCACUGGACACUGUCCUUGUUUGGGGCUUGUUUGUGUUUGACAGUGAUGCUCAUGUGUUCCUGGCUCUACACACUGCUGGCCUUUUCCUUGGCAUUGGCAAUAUCGCGGCUGAUCUCGUACAGGGUGGCUGGACUGUUAUCGGCAGGACAGGACGUUGAAUGGGUUGCCUCCAGAUCUUCCAAGGCAAUUCUGCCAUUUUCAUCAACAGCCGCCUUCACAGCCGUCACAUUGGCCGCCACUUUGGCGGCUGUUGAUGGAAAUGGCGGAAUUGCCUUGGAUGACCUGGAGGCAACCCUUUGGAAAGAAUGUCAAUUGUGGGCAGGCGAUGGUUUAGCUGGCCUCAGUUUGGCCAGCGCAAGAGCAGCGUUGCUUCGCCAGGAAGGUCGACCCGUGCAUCCCAAGAACUGGACACCCACCAUUUUAACCCUGCUUCCGUCAGCAGAAGCCGCGGAAGGCAAAGAGAAGCUUUUCGGAUUGCUAAGAGCCCUGACACUUCGCACAGGUGGUGUGACCAUCGUGGCCACAGUCGUUGAGAGUCCUGAUCAGGUGCCGGAUGCCACCGACAAAUUGCGCAAAUUUAUGCGACACGGCGGCACGAAGCCCAUGUCGGGAUUCGUCAGGGUAGUGGCCUCUUGCCAGCCAUCGGAAGCCCUCAAAGUGCUGGUCCAGUCUGUCGGGAUUGCCAGCUUGUCCCCCAACACAGUGGCUGUCAGCAUGCCGGCCACGACCGACAGCGACGAUUCCUCUGCCCGUUUCUGGCCGCAUUGCGUGGAGGCCAUCAGAGCGGCCAUCAGUUGCGGGAAAGCCGUGAUGCUGGUCAAGGGACUGGACGAACCAUCGAGCAGUCGUACACUCAUGAGCGGGGACGAGCAGGACUCGGGCCAGCAACACCAUCAGGUGCUGUCAUCCAACACUGCUGAUGAUGAAUGUGCGGAAUCCGUGACCACUAUCGACGUGUGGUGGAUUUUCAACGACGGAGGCAUUCUGUUGCUGUUGCCGUACUUGCUGCUGCAGCAGGAACAGAGGGAAGAUGACCGCGAAAGCAUCAGGAUCAAGAGGAAGAGAAAGCGGCAGGAAUUGCGGAUAUUCACGAUCGCGCGUCCGCAAGACAACUCGAUCGCCAUGAAGCGACACCUACAAGCAUUUCUCUACGAACUCCGCAUCCCGGCCGACGUGUUCGUCGUGGAGAUGGACGAGACGGACGUGUCCGCCUAUGCUGUCGAGAGGACGCUCGCUCUGCAGCAGCGACGGGAUUUGCUGUCGCAGUUGCACCUCCACGCCAGAUGCGACGUUAUGGCCGUAUUGGACCACGCAAGAACGCGAGACUGCUGUCCACCGGUUUCCGAUAAACCAGAAGAAAACAACAAGAAGGAUGAGUCAGAAGAUGAGCAUGAGCUGCAAGUUCGCAGAAUGCACACAGCCCUCAAGUUGAACGGAGUGGCUUCUUCCUUUUCUCGCAAUGCCCGUUUGGUGUUCAUGAAUUUGCCCAGUGGACCAGGUGAGCACGAAUCUGCUGAUGCCUACUUGGGUAUGUUGCAGGCAUUGACAGACGGGUUGCCAAGGGUAAUCCUUGUUUACGGCACCGGCACGGAAGUUGUUACCCUUUAUUCCUGAUUCGUCCGAUUUUUGUUUUCUUUUUCCCUGGUAUGCAGCAUAUACACAAUAAUAUAUAUAUCGACUUUUCUCACCUAC